CUAGAACUGACAACCGUAAGAGACACAUAUAUAAAAGAUGCUUGUGUUAAAACCUCAGUCUUUCUUAUUGCCCGUUGGCUUCUGGAUGCUGACUUAUUUAAGUCUGUGUGAAGCCCUAACUUUGACACUGGAAGAUCUACCACCUCUUAUCAACCAGCCUUUCAUGCAACACUGUUUCAUAGAAAUGAAUUCUCGGGAUAUGUCCAGAUCUGAAAAUGAUCAUAUCAACUUUCAAUUAUUAAAAGAUACAACUGUUGAAAAAACGUGUGAGAUCAAAGACUGGGUUUACUGUAACACCGCAGUACCGGAGGAGCCGCCAGCCUUUAGCUGUGGAUGCAGCGAGAAAACAAUGUCGUCAGACAAAUACACGUUUCGGUUUUAUUUUUUCUUUACCUCAGUAACUCAAGACGAUCACGAUAAAUUUGUAGUCUGUCAGUGGGCACAGCUAACGGAGCGGCAACAGAUUGCCGUAGUUGAUUUCACGAAGAAACCGGAAAGAAAAAUCUUCAUGUGUGACGGCAAAGAGGGGACUCUGGAUUGGGAGUUCAAUCCUUUUAAAAGAUCAAUCAUAGAAAACUACGCCGUGAGAGAGAUCACGUGGACAGCGCUGGCCAGCCGCGAAAAGAGCCAAAUCGUCAUGGCCAAGGAGAUAUAUAACCAACGAAACAGCAAGGGCACAUUCGCAAGGGACGGCCACGACCGUUGUAGGAUUGUCGCAGCCACCGGGGAAGGCAUCCCAAAACUCGAGAUCUUCGGGGUGACUGAUGAAGACAGCCGUGAGAUCCGCAUCAAGCUGGAGUUCUUUCAGGACCAAAAACACAACAAGAGAUCACUAAAAGGCAGAUAUGUGGGCAGUCACCAGAAAUACCACAAUCAGAGUAUAGAUUUGUCUAGUAUUUUAGUUCCGGCCCAAGGGGAUCCGGGGGCCGCGGUGGAGCCGACCACUGUACAGACUCCAGAACCUACAACCCCUGCUCCUACAACUCCUGCCCCGACAACCACGCCUACACCAACCACAACCCCUACCACGACGCCAACAACCACACCUACCACAACUCCCACCACCACAACUAAGACUACAACAACACCAAAGCCAGUGAGAUACAUCCCCAGCGAUUUACCACACUUUAUAGAAGACACCGUUGAACUUAUUGUCACCAAGCCCCCUUCCAAAGACAUACAAAUUACAUUGGAGGGUCACAAGUCACUUACUGGAAGCUUUAUUUUGAGUUGUGAAAUCAGGAACAUGCCAAACUUUGGCACGCCAAAAGUGAACACAACUAUAUGGAUGGGUGAAAAGUCCAUAGCCAGCAAAAAUGAUAAGAGCAAGCUUAGCCACAGCGAAGAAUCCGCCACGGCUAACACCAACUUUUCUUGUGGACUUGAGGGCGAGGCACUAAGAUGUUUAGCACCUGACGACAAGAGACGGCAAAAGCAAUACAUCUCAACUAAAAAUAUCCAAAUGGACCAAAACGUCAAAGAGAGCAUCGACCCAGCAGUCAUCUUGUACGGUCUCGAGAAUUCGUGGUGCGUCAUCCUAAUGAUCUGGGCCGUCUCUCUGAUGCUGGAGCACGUACAAACUCUCAUCCUCAUUGAGAAGAAGAAGGCCCUCAAAGCCGAACAGAAGGCGCUGAAACAACUCAAGGAAAGAAAUAAAGCUAAAACUGAUGCACUUAAACAGUAUAAUAAGGCGCUAGCAGCUAAGUCAGGGCCGCCGGCAGAUAAAGCGGCAAAUCCUUAGGGCUGGACCACCUUUAGACAAGGUGACAAAUUCCUUAAGUUUAAGGCUGGACCACCUUUAGACAAGGUGACAAAUUCCUUAAGUUUAAGGCUGGACCACCUUUAGACAAGGUGACAAAUUCCUUAAAUUUAAGGCUGGACCACCUUCAGACAAGGUGACAAAUUCCUUAAGUUUAAGGCUGGACCACCUUUAGACAAGGUGACAAAUU